AUGGAUGGUGACGACGACUUCGAUGAUGGCGAUAUCAACAUGGCGGAAGCGGCCAAGGAGGCGGCAAGCAGCUCUAUACCUCUGGAUGAGGUUCUCCAGAAGAUGAGACGCCAACUCAGACUCCAACGUCGCAAGGCAAAGCAACUGCACAAGGACAACAAGGACAAGGCAUUACGCCCUCGUUACGGUGGAACGGCUUCAAAGAAGAAGGCUUCUACCAACCCCUCAUCACGUCAAAAAUUAUUAUGA